CUCCAUGGGGAUGUCGCCCUCAUGGUGGACCCAACUAUGUUGCACACUGGAGAUUCUCUGGCUACACUGCUAGUGGCUGUGCCUAUUCCACGUGAAAAAGAGUGGCUCGUCUCCUACCCGACCAUGCACACCGCGCACGGGGCUGACGGUUUUACCAAAAUACCAAUGGCUGUUCCCGACACUGCAGUCAAGGUUCUUCAAGAUCAGACGCACAUCCUGUACGCCAUCAUGGUGGUGCGAAGUGCCGCCCAAGCCGUCGCCUUCGAAGCGCAAAGAAGAGGAUUCUCUGUCCGUCAAGUCGUGCGCAGCAGGCAGGAGCAUGAACUGCUGUUCAGUACCAAGACACUUCUGCUCAAGGAGGAGCAGGAAGCGAAGGACGACCUGGGCGAUUGGUGUACCAUCACAGGCCAAGCAGCAUUACAAGACUGCCGUUUCGAGCUUCUGGCUCUGCGUGCGGUUGCCGACUCGAUGCUACGUUUUGGCUUUGAAUCACGCUCUAUGACCUUCGUGGUUGCAGCCUCUGACCCCUCCGUCGACCGAGAUGCGAGGAAGGUGCUCGAGAGAAUCGCUGGAAGGAAGCACGUCUUACCAGAUGAUAUGUGGAGGCAGUUCUUACAACUUGAUCUUGGAGAUGGGUCGGACAACUGCGACUAUCUGUCGGUUCCAUUCAUCAUCUAAGCGCCGAGAGCUUCACCGAAUAAGUUAGAUUUCCGUAGGGUUUUUUCAGUUUCAAAUCCAUUUCUGGAGAAUGUCCGUUGAUUGGAAGCUCUGUAGGAGUGUAAGACCUUAACUUUCAUCUUUCCGAUCUCGAGAACAUGCUGUCAUGGGUACAUGUAACUCAUUUGGUAUGCUAAGUUAUUUUAA